AAAUAAAUGCAUGUCAGAAUUCCCAGUGUCAGAAUGGUGGUUUCUGUGUUCCUGUGGCAGGAUCCUGUACUGACUAUACCUGUACAUGUACUGGAUGUUAUACUGGACAAUAUUGUACAACAUUAUUGAAUCCAUGCCAGAAUUCUCAAUGUCAGAAUGGUGGUUUCUGUGUAGCUGUACCUGGAUCUUGUACUGACUAUACCUGUACAUGCAGUGGAUGUUAUACUGGACAAUAUUGCACAACAUUAUUGAAUGCAUGUGACAACCAUCAAUGUCAGAAUGGAGGUACUUGUGUUGCUAUCCCAGGAUCCUGUGAUACGUAUCAGUGUACAUGUCCUACUUGCUAUAUUGGACAGUAUUGUUCGACAUUGCAAGAUCCUUGUGCCAACAGUUUCUGUCAGAAUGGUGCAACAUGUGUUCCUGUUCCUGGUUCUUGUACAGAUUGGAGCUGUGCUUGUGCUGAAUGCUAUACUGGAAUGUACUGUACCCAACAAAUAAAUGCAUGUCAGAAUUCCCAGUGUCAGAAUGGUGGUUUCUGUGUUCCUGUGGCAGGAUCCUGUACUGACUAUACGUGUACAUGUACUGGAUGUUAUACUGGACAAUAUUGUACACAAUUAUUGAAUCCAUGCCAGAAUUCUCAAUGUCAGAAUGGUGGUUUCUGUGUAGCUGUACCUGGAUCUUGUACUGACUAUACCUGUACAUGCAGUGGAUGUUAUACUGGACAAUAUUGUACAACAUUAUUGAAUGCAUGUGACAACCAUCAAUGUCAGAAUGGAGGUACUUGUGUUGCUAUCUCAGGAUCCUGCGAGUUAUAUCAGUGUACAUGUCCUAGCUGCUAUCUUGGACAGUAUUGUUCAACACUCCAAGAUCCAUGCGCUAACAACUAUUGUCAGAAUGGUGGAACAUGUGUUGCUGUUCCUGGUUCUUGUACAGAUUUUACUUGUACUUGUGCUGAUUGCUAUACUGGACAAUACUGUACUCAGUUUAUUAAUCCCUGCCAAAAUAAUAAUCAGUGUCAGAAUGGCGGUUUCUGUGUUGCUGUGCCAGGAUCUUGUACUGAAUUCACCUGUACAUGUACUGGAUGUUACAGUGGACAGUUUUGUACUAUAUUUUCCGAUCCAUGUCAAAACUUUCCAUGUUUGAAUGGUGGUACUUGCACUGCUUUACCAGGAUCCUGUACAACAUAUUCGUGUCAAUGUGUUGGGUGCUACACUGGAUUAACCUGUGCAACUUUGCAAGAUCCAUGUGCCAACAGUUUCUGUCAGAAUGGUGCAACAUGUGUUCCUGUCCCUGGUUCUUGUAGAGAUUGGAGCUGUGCUUGUGCUGAAUGCUAUACUGGAACAUACUGUACCCAACAAAUAAAUGCAUGUCAGAAUUCCCAGUGUCAGAAUGGUGGUUUCUGUGUUCCUGUGGCAGGAUCCUGUACUGACUAUACCUGUACAUGUACUGGAUGUUAUACUGGACAAUAUUGUACAACAUUAUUGAAUCCAUGCCAGAAUUCUCAAUGUCAGAAUGGUGGUUUCUGUGUAGCUGUACCUGGAUCUUGUACUGACUAUACCUGUACAUGCAGUGGAUGUUAUACUGGACAAUAUUGCACAACAUUAUUGAAUCCAUGCCAGAAUUCUCAAUGUCAGAAUGGUGGUUUCUGUGUAGCUGUACCUGGAUCUUGUACUGACUAUACCUGUACAUGCAGUGGAUGUUAUACUGGACAAUAUUGUACAACAUUAUUGAAUGCAUGUGACAACCAUCAAUGUCAGAAUGGUGGUACUUGUGUUGCUAUCUCAGGAUCCUGCGAGUUAUAUCAGUGUACUUGUCCUACUUGCUAUCUUGGACAGUAUUGUUCAACAUUCCAAGAUCCAUGCGCUAACAACUAUUGUCAGAAUGGUGGAACAUGUGUUGCUGUUUCUGGUUCUUGUACAGAUUUUACUUGUACUUGUGCUGAUUGCUAUACUGGACAAUACUGUACUCAGU